AUGCUCUCCUCGCAAGGGACGGUAGUGUUGGGGGAGGAGCGCCGGGCCGCGGCAACAGUGGCCGCCGCAAGGGUGGCGGCGGCGGCGGCGGCGGCGGCAACCAAACGGGGAGAGGGGGUGGCGCGAAGGCUGGUGGCGGCAGCGGAGGCGGCGACGNCGUGCAAGUGCCGGCGGGGGGGGGCGUCUGCGGACGCCACAGCACUGGACGUGGCAGAAGAAGCGCCGGUGGUCGGUGACAUCUCAGGCGAGUGUCACAAAGUCGUUGGUCGACGGGGUGUAGAGCAGGCUAGGCCGGGCAACGCGAAAGCGUCCAGCACCCCCGUUGACGUCAACGAUUUCUACCGCGCCCACGGCCACUCCCACGAGGUGCUGCUGAGGACCACGGCGAAGCAGCAAGGGACGACGCUGGUGGGCGAGCUCCGGGAGUGCCUGGGGUGCUCGACGGCGAAGGGGCUUUCCAAGCCCAUCCCCAACAAAACGUCGACCCGAGCAGUUAAGAAACUGCAGCGAGUUUUCGUGGAUUUGAGUGGAAAAGCUAGGGUGCAGAGCUUGGGGGGAAAGUGGUACACUCUCAUUGUCAAGGAUGAUUACACAAGGUGGAACCGUGUCUAUUUCCUGAAGCACAAAUCAGACGCCGCUGAGGCAUUCGAGAGGUACCUUGCAGAAAACCGGGCAGACGGUGCCCCGUCCGAUGUGAUAGUCGUAAGAUCCGACAAUGGAGGAGAGUUUUUUGAGGGAGAGAUCGGCAAGGUGUGCCGGAAGUACUGCAUCAAAGAGGAGUUCACCGCCGCACACAGCCCAGAAUACAACGGUGUAGCUGAGAGAGCAAUGGGUCUGAUUAAGGAUGCAGCACUAGCCGCCCGUAUACAAGCGCCAACUCUUUACCCCCUAGCACCGAACUAACCCUCCCUUUAGGCCGAGGCCAUAGCUUGGGCAUGCAAGGCCCUGAGCUGCACCUCCACCACAUCCAACCCAGAGAGGAAAUCGCCGUACGAAAUGUGGCGCGGGCACCCUCCCCCGCCGAGGGCGACGAACCCGUUCCUCAAACCUGCCGUAUACAAGGUCAAGCGCACGCACGAGUCCGAGCCGAAGCCCAAAAGCGUUUUUACCUCGGCCCGGGAAUCAACACCAACCGUGAUUAAGUGCGCAUCCUCAACGAAAAACGCCAAGCGAUCACAACUCGCAACUUCACCUGGCAAUCCGUGCCCGCCGCCCCCGCCGCCCUGC